GAGGGGAAAGAGCACACAGAGCGGUUUCUAUCAGUGCAGGAGCGGCUCACUUGGAAGCAGAAAUCAAUUCCGCCACACAUUGGACUGUGUUUUAUCCAUUUGUUUUCCAAGAACACUUUUAAUUUCAUUUUUUAAGAUAUGAAACGAGUUGUACGACAGAGCAAAUUCCGUCACGUCUUUGGCCAGGCGGUAAAGAAUGAUCAGUGCUACGAUGACAUCCGCGUUUCAAGGGUCACAUGGGAUAGCGCCUUUUGUGCAGUGAACCCCAAGUUUGUCGCCAUUAUUGUGGAGGCCAGUGGGGGUGGAGCUUUCCUUGUUCUUCCUCUUCACAAGACAGGACGCAUUGACAAAUCCUACCCAACAGUAUGUGGGCACACAGGCCCAGUGUUGGACAUUGACUGGUGCCCUCAUAAUGACCAGGUGAUUGCCAGCGGCUCCGAGGACUGCACUGUGAUGGUCUGGCAGAUUCCUGAGAAUGGCCUCGUCACUCCUUUGUCUGAGCCGGUGGUUGUUCUGGAAGGACACUCGAAGCGUGUUGGCGUCAUCACAUGGCAUCCGACAGCACGCAACGUCUUGCUUAGUGCAGGUUGUGACAAUGUAAUAAUCAUCUGGAACGUGGGCACGGGUGAAGCCAUGAUCACCCUGGAUGACAUGCAUCCUGAUGUUAUUUACAACGUUUGCUGGAACCGCAGCGGCAGCCUAAUCUGCACUUCCUGCAAAGAUAAGGGCAUUCGUGUCAUCGACCCCCGCAAGGAGACAAUUAUUGCUGAGAAGGAAAAGGCACAUGAGGGCGCUCGGCCCAUGAGAGCCAUAUUCCUCGCUGACGGUAACAUCCUCACCACUGGUUUCAGUCGUAUGAGUGAGAGACAGGUGGCCCUCUGGAACAUGAAAAAUAUGGAGGAGCCCAUGAGUGUUACUGAGAUGGACACUAGUAAUGGAGUCCUCCUGCCCUUCUAUGACCCCGACACAAGUGUUGUUUACCUGUGCGGAAAGGGUGACAGCAGCAUUCGCUACUUUGAAAUCACAGAUGAGGCACCCUAUGUUCACUUCCUGAACACCUUUGCAUCAAAGGAGCCCCAGAGGGGCAUGGGUUUCAUGAGCAAGAGAGGCCUUGAUGUCAAUAAAUGCGAAAUUGCAAGGUUCUACAAGCUGCAUGAAAGGAAGUGUGAGCCUAUAGUGAUGACUGUGCCUCGUAAGUCGGAAAUGUUUCAGGACGACCUGUACCCUGACACAGCCGGGCCAGACCCCGCACUGGAGGCUGAGGAUUGGUUUGAGGGGAAGAAUGGAGACCCCAUCCUCAUCUCCCUCAAGAACGGCUAUGUUCCAGUCAAGAACCGGGAAUUCAAGGUGGUCAAAAAGAACAUUUUGGACUCCAAGGUUCCUAAGAAGUCAGAACACUCGAGUCAUGCCAACAAGUCUGCCUCCUCAACUCCAUCAAUUAAAUCUGAAGCAAAAAUGGAUGAGAUAUUAAAAGAAAUGAAGUCCCUCAAAGACCUCAUCAGCAGUCAGGAGAAGCGAAUCAUCAAACUUGAGGAGCAAAUGUCUCAAAUGGCCAUUUAAGGAACCUUUGACCCAACACACAACAUUCAGGAUCUUCUGUAGGCUGGGGAGUGCAAGGACAGUCUUAAUGACAGUGUUGGGUCUGAGUCCUGCCAAACAUUGAUCCCUAGCAACAUUCCAGAUUAACUUUUUUUUUUUUUUUUUUCUUAGCCAACCCCCCCAAACCCUCAUCUUAACCCAGGUGGAAUAAGAAGGACAUGUGGUAAAUUUACUUUUAUUCUGUGGCAGUCUGUUGUGCGUGGGUGGUUUCUUUUUCUUUUUUUUUCUUCAUAGCUGUUUCAAUAAAAAAUAUCUUCUCUUUUUAAAGUGACCAAAACAACUUUUCAGUGUCAAACAUCUGCCCCGUUUUUAGAAAAUUAGUGAUUAUUGUUUCCUGUUAACGUGCCCUACAAUUCCAAAUAGCCAAAUGUGGACAUUUUUGUUUACUCUUUAUCACAGUAUUGUUGUUCUCUUGUUCUUUCUGAUAAGUUGCAAACUAAAACUUCAGUGCAGUGUACUUUUGAUGCUUCCUCACUUGUGCACUUUUACAUCACUAGGAUACAGAGAUCGGAUCAUUGGUUCAAAGAAAAUACAUUCCAGUUUGGCACCGGAAACACCAAACAUCUACAAACACUUUCAAUGUUCAGACCAUCUUUCAGUCCUAAGUCGCUUCAUAUCACUGCAACUGAGAACACAUUUGUUCAUGUAACGGAUGCAUAUCCUUCUGAUUUGCUCCAUAUUUGCACACUUCUCCAUGAAGUGUGCUACUGUUGUAACUCUGUGCUCCUCUGUCCUGUGGAUGUGCAGAGACAAACAUGGACGCCCUUCCUUUCUAAACCAGAACAGAAGUGCUUUCCAUUCAACAGUGUCCCACAAAUACGUUUAAUGUUCAAACAGAAAAGAAAUCCUAAUUCUACCAAGUCACACACACCAACAUAUCAUCUGAGAAUUCAAGUCAUCUGGGGAUGAAGCUAGAGACAAUGUCUGACGGGGCCACAGGCCUAAGAUUGUGGAUAUGUGCCUUGCGUCUUUGGUUUGUUGACAUCUAAUGGUUGGGAUGCUCCAAAGGACUCAGAAGGUCCGAGACCUGCCUUUUUUAAUUUUUUUUUAUCGUUUUUUUUUUUUGGAAAGAAUUUAAAAGCUGACAUCCUAAUCUGUUCAUUUCUCUUUCUGCUUGUGUCCCUCUUAGCACUCCCAAUUAUUUUUCUCUUAUUUCUGAAAAAAGUAGCUAAAAAAAAAAGGAAUAAAGCUAUCCAGGUUGUCUUUGGAUUUGUUUCCCAGUGGGAAGCUGAGACGGGUAAUGAUUCAGUUUGUUUGCCUUCAUCAUUUGUUGCCGCUUGUACAGAUCAGAAAGUGCCAUGGAGGUGACUGGAAGUGUGGAAUGGGAGCUGUGAUGUGAGUAGUUUGUGUAGUAAGUAGAGACGUAGAAGGCUAACUGGAUUUAAAACCACUUUGAGGUGCUAUAUGUUGUACUAACACUCUGCUCCUAAAGUACUGUUCUAUUUUUGUGUGUGUGCGUGUUUUGCAAAGCUAAAUGACAGGAAGUCGUACACUUGGCUGCAUUGCUGCACUGCCACUAGGACUUUUUGACCCUCUCUGUCAGGAAACCGGUACAGAAACCUUUUUGAAAUGAAUUUGGAAGCAUUUAGUUUGUGACACAAACACAAACUGAUGUGACAGGAUCUCUGUUUUGCAAACAAUAUUCUACCAUGCUUUGUCAAAAAUGUCAUUUCCGGUGUUCUUUUUGUCUGUUUUCAACAGUACUAUUGGCACAAGAGUCGAGGGGUGAUAGUUAAUAGCAAUCCAAAGGGACAGUGUAAGUCGGAAUGUGCAGAUAAGAGAAAACGUGGGUGAGAAAUGUGUAAAUAACAUGUCCAUGUUUUGUUUUCUUUUCUUUUUGUGGUUGCGCUGAAGGGGUGGGGGGGUUGUUUGUAUGGGUGCUGGGUUUUAAAUAUUUCCACUGUUCAUGUUCCUUGCACCUUUCCAGAGCGCGGCGUAAACAAAAGCAGAAGUCCUCCGGUACAUGUGGAGAACCUGCAAACUAAAAUCAUGUGGAAAACCAGCCCCCAUGAACGGCACAUGUGGAGGUCUGCUCAACAUUUUUGUUCAGUACUCUUGCUUCAUGUAUCAAUCAUUGAUUAUAAGAAAAUUAAUAAAGACUUUUUAAAGUUGA